GCACAGGAACCAUUUAGGCCAGAAGACGUGACGGAACAACCAAAGAGGCCUGAGUCAAUCAGCCAAAUUGUGCAAGAACCAUACAGGCCUGAAGAUCUCCCGGAACCAACACCAGCAAAACCGGCCGGGCCAAUUGCACAGGAACCGUUCAGACCAGAAGACGUGACGGAAUUGCCGAAACAGCCUGAGCCGAUCAGCCAAAUUGCGCAAGAACCAUACAGGCCUGAAGAUGUCCCGCAACCAACUCCAGCAAAACCGGAAGCACCGAUCGCCCAGGAAACAUCUAGGCCAGAAGUCAUCACGGAACAGCCAAAGGGACCUGAGCCUCUCAGCCAAAUUGUGCAAGAACCAUACAGGCCUGAAGAUGUCCCGCAACCAACUCCAGCAAAACUGGAAGGACCGAUCGCCCAGGAAACAUCUAGGCCAGAAGUCAUCACAGAACAUCCAAAGGGCCCUGAGCCUCUCAGCCAAAUUGUGCAAGAACUAUACAGGCCUGAAGACGUCCCGGAACCAACACCAGCAAAACCGGCCGGGCCAAUUGCACAGGAACCGUUCAGACCAGAAGACGUGACGGAACUGCCAAAGCAUCCUGAGUCGAUCAGCCAAAUUGUGCAAGAACCAUACAGGCCUGAAGACGUCCCAGAACUAACACCAGCAAAACCACUAGGACCAAUCGCACAGGAGCCGUUCAGGCCAGAAGACGUGACAGAACAGCCGAAGCGGCUGGAGCCUAUGAGCCAAACUGUGCAAGAAUCUUACAGGCCUGAGGAUAUUCCAGAACCAAUUCCAGCAAAAGCUGCAGGACCUAUUGUCCAGGAACCAUUCAGGCCUGAUGAUGAGCUACCCAAGUCGCCUCAACCGUUCAGCCAAGUUGUCCAAGAACCCUACCGUCCAGAGGAUGCGCCACAGCGUAACCUAUCGAAGUCAAAACUGCCGAUUGCUCAAGAGUCGUUGCUUCCAGAAGCCCCCAAGGAACAAGCUCGACGGCCAGGGUCAAUGAGCCAAAUAUCACAAGAACCAUACAGGCCGGACGACGCUGGGGAACAGCAGCCAUGGAAUCCAUUUUCUCCAAUAAGUCAAGAACCAUAUAGACCUGAAGACGCAGCAGAACCCAAAUCCUUCAGCUCAUUUGGCCCUAUCGCCCAGGAGCCGUACAGACCUGAAGACGCGUCGCAUUAUAUACCGCCUGUUAGCCACGGUCCCAUUGCUCAAGAACCUUACAGGCCCGACAUUGGCGACUCAAACGGUUUUGGUGGUGGCUUCGGCUUAGGUCUUGGUGGCGGCUUCCAAGCCGGCUUAGGAGGCGCUCUUCAAGGCGGCGUUGGAGUCGACCACGCCGGUGGACUACACGGAGGUCUUGCUACUGGUGUUAGGGGUGGUCCUCACGGCGACCUUGGCGUCCACUUUGGCGGAAGUAUUCCUGGUGGUAUCGGCGGCGCCGUGGGAAGUCAUCUGGGCGCUGGGGUCGUUGGCGACCUUAUACCAGGCAUAGCACGUGGUGUUGCACAGCAUGCUUCUCACGUAAUAGACCACGGCGUGGGCGCUGCUCUUGGGCACCUUCAACACCACGUAGAACAAGGUCCUCUCCAGCACAGUUUACAUCCUGCUUAUGCUGCGCAACAGCCGUACAGACCAGAAGAUGUCGCAGAACCUUUUGACUUUGGACUGAGUCAAUUUGGCGGACACGACGCACCUGUUGUACCAGAACGCGCGGAGCAGACCGCGCAGUUUGCUCCCGAAAACCGAAAAAAGGCACGAGGAGGAUCUAGAAGAAGGAAGGACAGGAAUAGAAACCCCCUCGGUGGUAUCUUAUGCCUCUGUCCCGUGGCGUGUCCUGUAGAAAAUGUAUUAAGUGAUAAUUCUGAAAUAUCAUGCCUAAUUAAAAAUAAUUUAUUGUGUGAAACUUUAUCAGAUGUCUUUUUAAAAUCCCUCAAACUUACAUCAUCCUGUUUGCCAUUAUAA